AUGUCUCUGAUGAUUCAGUGGAUGUUGAACAAAUCUCACUUCAGCACUUCAUGUGGGGAAUCUUAUUUUGUGUUUCUUUCACAAAGCUUCUCUUCAAUCAUUGGGAUACUUCUUCCAUUGGGCAGUUGUUUCAGUUGUUGUAACGCAGAUGUUACUACGCCUAGAGAAUGUGGCUGCUCCAUUCAGAAAGUCUGGCACAUUGCUCACCACAACAGCUUAGGUAUAAAAUAUGGCAUAUUUGGUUUGUCUUGA